GCUCUGUUUUUAGGUCUACCAAAAGCCCUAAUUUUCAGUGGCGUGGUCGCGGCUAUGGCGGGGUUUCUUCGUUCGAUGAUCCAGGUGCUGCCGAUCUUCUUCUUCCUCGUACUCCAGCACUCCCAGGCCAUUCGAUUCGACAUCGCCCCAGCUGGGACCAAGUGCGUCUCGGAGGAUCUGCAGACGAACACUCUGGUUCUCGCGAAUUACCACAUCGUCAAGGCGGAUCUCCCGCACGGUAGCAAUCCCAAGAUCAACGCAAGGUUAACUUCUCCCUAUGGUACAACUUUACACUUCGCGGAGAACAAAGACGAAGGCCAGUUUGGCUUCACGACGACCGAGGCCGGGAACUACAUGGCUUGCUUCUGGAUGCAUUCCCACGCCGACAAUGUCCCAGCAAGCAUCGAGCUCGACUGGAAGUUUGGAGUCGCAGCGAAAGAUUGGGCCAGCAUCGCCAAGAAAGAAAAACUCGAGGGACUGGAGCUGGAACUUCGGAGGCUCGAAGACGUCGUUGAUUCGAUCCGGGAGGAGAUGUACUACCUGCGAGACAAGGAAGCCGAGAUGCGCGGCGUGAACGAGACUACGAACGCUCGAGUGGCAUGGUUUAGCAUCAUGUCGCUCUUCCUGUGCCUCAUGGUAGCGGCGUGGCAGCUAUGGCACCUCAAAUCCUACUUCGAGAGGAAAAAAAUCCUCUAGACAAAUUUUGUGUGUAAGAACAAAAGCUCCUUCCAUUCUGUGUAACACUUUUUUCGGCUUUAACCCCUUUUUAAGCUA